AUGUUGUUUCAGAUUGUAAGUAACGUUGCAGACAAGGUGGAUCUUUUCAUUGAGGAUGAAAUGACUGUUGGUGAGGUGCGUGUGUUAAUCGGACAAAUGAUUGACGCCGAUGAAAAGACGAUUCGUCUUACAUUUCAGGGCCAUGUGCUGGAGGACGACAAGGCCACAUGGGAAUUGAUAUUAAGGAUGUAUCCUUUAGCUGAAGACACCCCGCGCAAACUCUUUGCGCAUGUCUCAGAAAGGCUGAGGACCGGAUCGGCGAGCAUGGAGGCGCUGCGAGCGGCGUUAGUGUCGGCGUCGGGUCAAGAAGACGAAAAAGCCGCGCGAGUACAAGCCAGACUUAUGGAGCCCGUUAUUGACCUCAUGGUGAAGGACCCAUCCAUGCUUGAAAUGAUGUUGUCUUCGCAUCCAGGAUUGAAACAAAUGUUGGAAAAACACCCCGAACUGAAGAGUCAUGUCUGUGACCCAGAGACUCUAAAGACUUUGAUGAUGUCACAAAUUGAUCCCGAUCAGCGGCGCUCCUUGAAUCGAGGAAUGGGAUUGCAACUUGCUCAGCUUAGUGCGUUGCCCGGAGGCGAACAACUUUUUGAACACCUGACUUCCGAAUAUCUGAAUGACAUGGCUGCCCUUACGGAAACCAAUGUCUCUAGUUCUUCGGAUAACGUCGAUGAGGCACAGGCACGUCCUGAUCCAACCAAAGAGGCAAACAGCGAGGCUUUGCCAAAUCCCUGGGAAAGGCAAUCGUCCAGUUUGCAGGGCGCAUCAGGGUUAAACUCAAUGAAUGGAAACACAAAUAAUUUGUUUAGUGCAUUUGGCGGACUUGGAGCUUUUGGAGGUUCGAUGCCUUUUGCUGGGCUACCCGGUAAUAUUGCAUCAUUGGGUCACACGAAUCCCGUGACCGCGGCUUCCUUUUUGCCUCCACGGAUGCUGCCUUCUUCUCAUGAAGGAAACCAUGUGCCAACUACGGAUCCUACCCACACAAGGGAGGCAUCGGCAAAUACUGGAGAGUGGGCGUCACAGUUAGCAACAUUAAGGGAAAUGGGAUUUGAUAAUGAGGCACUGUGUUUAGAAGCCUUGCGUGCGUCAAAUGGAGAUAUUGAUGGGGCUGUUAACUACAUUGCUGAUAAGGAUAAAUGA